AGUCCGCUAAUGCUAAUUAGCACUGUCGUCUGUCAGGGCUAUUAAAUAAUCGUGUAUUAUUCAAUAAUUAUACAUGGUCAAUGAUUAUUAGCAAUGCGCGGCUUUCAUUGGCCAAUAUUGCUAGAAAUAUAUAUAUAUUGAGCAAUCUUAAAUUAUCUGCUGCGGUAACGCGUUACCAAUAAAUCUAUUGCGUUAAGCUUUCAUGUUAAGGGGACUGGGUAUUAAUUUUACUAUCUUCAUAAAAAAUAUUGUUUCUGAUAAGUUUAUCGAGAUAACUAUUGUUUGUGUAAACAAUAUAGACAUGCCGAUUAAAUGUAAAACGGAAUGUGGCCGAAAUGCUGUACUAAAGCGCCCAAAAACAUCAGACGCCCUAUGUAAAGAAUGCUUUUUUGCCGCUUUUGAAGCAGAAAUUCACUACACUAUAAUAACUAAUAAACUAUUUACAAAGGGAGAAAAAGUUGCAGUAGCCGCAAGUGGUGGAAAGGAUUCAACAGUUUUAGCUUAUGUAUUAAAAUUACUCAAUGAUCGCCAUGAUUAUGGUCUUCAAUUAAUUCUUUUAUCCAUCGAUGAAGGCAUAACUGGAUACCGAGAUGACAGCCUUGAGACAGUUAAAAAAAAUCGCGAUGACUAUCAAAUACCUCUAAAAAUUCUUUCUUAUGAUGAAUUGUAUGGUUGGACUAUGGAUCGUAUUGUUGGACAAAUUGGACGGUCAAAUAAUUGCACCUUUUGUGGAGUCUUUAGACGACAAGCUUUGGAUCGUGGAGCAAAACAGCUUGAAGUAGAUAGUAUAGCAACUGGACAUAAUGCCGAUGAUAUUGCAGAAACCGUUUUGAUGAAUAUUUUGCGUGGCGAUACCGCUCGUUUAAGACGUUGCACAGAUAUAAGAACAGGUGGGGGAGAGAACACAAUACCUCGCGUCAAACCUCUUAAAUAUACUUAUGAGAAGGAAAUUGUUAUGUAUGCUCAUUUUAAAAAAUUGGUGUACUUUUCAACCGAAUGUGUUUUCGCACCCAACGCAUACCGAGGACAUGCUCGUGCAUACUUAAAAGAUUUGGAAAGAGUUCGCCCCUCGGUUAUUAUGGAUAUAAUACAUUCUGGGGAGCAAUUACUUUUUAAAGACACUGUUAAAAAACCAGUUCGAGGUAUAUGUGAACGCUGCGGAUUCGUAUCAUCUCAGCAACCGUGUAAAGCUUGCAUUUUAUUAGAAGGAUUAAAUAGAGGACUCCCUAAGUUAGGGAUUGGGAAGAAAUCUAAAGGAGAUCGAAUGAGAUUGAAUCAGGAUAAAGAACUCGCUUUAAGGGAACGUGCCAAUUUAGUUAAAAAUGAUUUCUGAUAUUAAAUAAAACAAAACAUACUUUUAAUUUA